AGAAUCCAAUCCGUCGAGUUAAAGCUCUCGCUUUUAGCAGCCAAGCAAAUACCCUCGCUUUCUUUCCCCGAAUUUUGACGGAAAAUUCUCCAGCACUUUCUAGACAUCCAAACACAAUCUCAAAAUCCUCUCCUGGUCCAAACCCCAAUCCCUCUCCCUCCGUCUCGUCCACCGGUGAUUGCUUAUCCAUGUCGACCUCGGGGACGCCCCAGUUCCGAUACACCCAGACCCCGUCGAAGGUCCUCCACCUACGGAACCUCCCAUGGGAGUGCACCGAAGAGGAGCUCAUCGAGCUCUGCAAGCCCUUCGGUAAGAUCGUCAACACCAAGUGCAAUGUCGGCGCCAAUCGCAACCAGGCAUUCGUCGAAUUUGCAGACUUAAAUCAGGCUAUUUCGAUGGUUUCAUAUUAUGCUUCAUCUUCAGAGCCUGCUCAGGUUCGAGGGAAAACUGUAUAUAUCCAAUACUCAAAUAGGCAUGAAAUUGUCAACAACAAAAGUCCUGGAGAUGUCCCCGGUAACGUCCUGUUGGUAACCAUAGAGGGUGUAGAAGCUGGCGAUGUGAGCAUUGAUGUUAUCCACUUGGUUUUUUCUGCUUUUGGAUUUGUGCACAAGAUUGCAACUUUCGAAAAGGCUGCUGGUUUCCAGGCCUUGAUUCAGUUCAGUGAUGCCGAGACUGCAUCGUCAGCAAGGAAUGCCUUGGAUGGAAGGAGUAUACCUAGGUAUCUCCUUCCAGAGCAUGUCGGUUCAUGCCACUUGCGUAUUUCAUAUUCCGCUCACACUGAUCUAAAUAUCAAGUUUCAGUCCCACCGCAGCAGGGAUUAUACAAACCCGUACCUUCCUGUGAAUCCUACUGCUAUAGAGGGAAUUUCUCAGCCUGCUGUAGGUCCCGAUGGAAAAAGGAAAGAGCCAGAGAGUAAUGUGCUUCUUGCUUCAAUUGAGAACAUGCAGUAUGCUGUUACUGUGGAUGUUAUUCAUACAGUGUUCUCCGCAUUUGGGAAUGUGCAGAAAAUAGCAAUAUUUGAGAAGAAUGGUCAAACACAGGCAUUAGUCCAGUACCCUGAUAUCGCUACUGCAGCCGUCGCUAGAGAAGCUUUAGAAGGACACUGCAUAUAUGAUGGUGGCUAUUGUAAGCUUCAUCUAUCAUACUCUCGUCAUACUGAUCUCAAUGUAAAGGCGUACAGUGACAAGAGUAGGGAUUAUACAAUUCCAGAUGCUAGUUUGCUUGCAGCACAGCAAAUUCCUGGAGUCCCCGCCACUCCACCACUGUGGCAAAAUCCUCAGGCUGCUCCAUUGUACCCCGGGAAUGAGUACGGUGCUGCAGCUGCCGUACAAGGUCAAAUUCCUCCCGGUCAAGUACCGCCCUGGGAUCCAACCAUGCAGGCUGGAAGAUCAACUUAUGUCUCUUCUCCUAGCACUUUUCGAGGUCAAAAUUAUGGGGCAUCGUCGGUUCCUGCAUAUGCAGCAGCAACAAUGCCCUCUGUUUCAUCGCCGCUUGCACAGACCGGUCCUAUUGCUUCUGGUGUGGCUGCUACGAUAAUGCAGCCUGGAGCUACAACGAAUGCGCGGCCUGGUGGUGCUUCACCUCCAGGAGUGAGACGUGGAGGUGUUUCACCUCCUGGACAGCCUCCUUAUUAUCGCCAAUAGGAAACAUCUUCUCUUUUUUAACUAAAUGCGAAUUACUGUCGAUUCUAUCCCAUUUUCUUACCUUUGUUUUCUCUCUCUUUUUAUUUUUAUUUUUGCCUUCUUGAGAAUCUGUCUUGGAAAGAAUUCAUAUCCCAAAUUCAAUUUUAGUUGUCUACUGAAA